UUGGGAUCUUGAGGAGAGGCAGCAGUCCGAGGCCAAGAAAGCCCGCUUAUCUGCCAUUUUAUUUGCUGGAAACCGUGAAAUAACUCAUGGGCAGCUAUGUGAAUUGCUGAAGCGUGCAGUUCUGGGCAAAUUCAGUGUUCCUAAACCUAGGUAUGAGAAGAACGUAAAUGGUGGGUAUAGACCUGAGGUUUCAUAUUGGUAUCUAGAGGCCCAUGUCUGCCUGACGUUUUUUAUUUGCCACACAGAAUGUCCUAAAUUUUUUUUUUUUACAAAGUUGCCAACAAUUUAAAUUGGGAAUCCCUUUAUAUCCAUAUUUUUUACUUCUUCGAAAAACUCUGGCAACUGUCCCUAUGGCAACAAUUUGUUGAAGCUGAAUAGUGGCCUCCUGUUAUAGAUGUACACUUCAGUGUCCCACCUGGCCUGCUUCCCUUAUUUACAGUAUCUGUCUGGCUGCUAUAGGUAUUUUGGUUUAUAACCUCCAGUGGAGACCUGAUUGAAAUAACAUGAUCAUGUAUUAAGAAUCCCAAUCUUUUUUCUUCUUUUACAAAUCAAGGGCAAAGAGAAUUUUACUACUCUGAUAUCCUCAAUGCCAUUAUUAAAUGUCUAAUGAAAAUUGCAUUUCUGUAUGUACCAAUACACAGUAGAGAGAUUUUCAUAUGUACACUUCCGUCUGGGGGUGGAGUGGCUACGUACCUCAAAAGCCCGCUUCUGCCUUAACAGAUACUGUCAUUGCUCUGUCACUUUAUCUGAACUGGCUUUCUGGAAGCUGGUCAUGUUACUGGCUUAGGAAGGACUGUAGAGCAGAUUGGGAUCUUGAAGAUAUGCCUUUGUAAACUGAGCUUAAUUAGUUCCAAUUUAAAACAAAUCUUAAUAGGAUUUUGGAUUUGAAUGCAUUGUGUUUCACUUGGUAUUAUACUUGAUUUGAAUGGAAUAAAUAAUUAUCUCAAGAGAUCUUUAUUUGAAUUCUGUGCAGUAAUAGCUGUUCUCCAUUUCCAGGCAGUCAGUGAGUGAUGAUAAACUCCAAUAUCUGUUGCUCAGUGCUUUUUUCACACUUCCCUUCUGUAUGUCUGUAACUGACUUGACGGUAUCAGUCUUAGCUUUGUUGGUUUGAUUUUUCAACAGCGGGUGCCAGCUUUUUCACCAAAACCACCUGAACAACGUGGUGGUUUUUAUACUGCAGGGAAUGAGUCAGCUACACUUUUACAGGUUCUAUUUGGAGUUUGGGUUUCUCCGAAAGGCAUUCAGACACGAAACUGAGUAAAGCACCCAAGUUACAGCCAGUAAGUGGAAUUUACAGCUGGAAUUGAAGCCCAGGUGAGCCUGAGACUUGAACUCUCAAUCUCUUUGCUUUUCUGUGUCAUCCACCUGGCAUGUUAUCCACUAAAGUAAUAGAUAUGAAAGUGCUUUGAAAAAUAUAAGGAACUUUGCUUUUCUAAGUUAUACAUUUUUGUAAUGUUUGUUUCUUUUGUAUAGUGUGUAAUUAGAGAAGCAAAGAAAACUUCUGGGGUAGGAUAAAUGUGGCUUCACUUAUUUAGUCACUUUUACAAUUUAAGGAAACAGUCCUCAUUUUACAAUGCAAACAAUUAAGGUCCAGAUCUUUCAUAGCACUGAGCUGACAAUAAAAGUCUAGGUCUGAAAGUAUUUUAACUGUUUUCAAGCAUUUUUGUAAAAACCUAUUAUGUAUCUUCAGAAAUUCUGCUUGCCUCCCCCAUCAUCUGAUUUCCUAGCUGAUAUCAUUGGGCUGCAAAAGAAACAAAUAAUUGGGGAUCUGCCUAAAGAAAUGGAAGGGUCUUUACCUUCUUCCAGCUCAAAAGUCAGCAUCAACCUGCAGAAUGACCCCAUCGUUCAAAAGUAUGGCUCUAAGAAAGUAAGCUUGACCAGAUGCCUUCUCACAAAGGAGGAAAUGAAAACAUAUCACUUUCCAUUACAAGGUUUUCCUGACUGUGAAAACUUUGUGCCUACAAAAUGUUGUGGUUCUAUAACCGACAACAGUCCUCUCUUUGGGCUUGACUGUGAAAUGUGCCUGACAUCCAAGGGGCGAGAACUAACACGCAUCUCAUUGGUUGCUGAAGGAGGCUGCUGUGUUAUGGAUGAACUUGUUAAACCUGACAACAAGAUUGUGGACUACCUCACCAGUUUCUCAGGAAUCACAAAGAAGAUUCUUAACCCAGUGACAACCACACUCAAAGAUGUACAGAGACAGUUAAAAGCACUGCUUCCUCCCAACGCUGUGUUAGUGGGCCACUCCUUAGACUUAGAUCUCAGAGCACUGAAAAUGAUACAUCCAUAUGUUAUUGAUACAUCAUUGCUUUAUGUUAGAGAGCAGGGCAGAAGAUUUAAGCUCAAGUUCUUAGCCAAAGUUAUUUUGGGGAAGGAUAUACAGUGUCCAGAUAGGUUUGGUCAUGAUGCCACAGAAGAUGCUAGAACAGCCCUUGAAUUGGCUCGGUAUUUCCUCAAAUAUGGCCCAAAGAAGAUUGCAGAACUAAAUCUGGAGGCACUAGCUAGUCACCAAGAACUAGAAGCAGCACGCCUAGAGCCGAAAAAUACAGCAGAAGUAGUUCAGCAGCUAAACACAAGUGUUUUAGAAUGCUUGGACUCAAUGGGCCAGAAGCUCCUUUUCUUGACUCGGGAGGCAGAUGCUACUGAACUUUCUUCUUCCAAAAACUGUCAAACUAUUAAGUGCCUUUCAAAUAAAGAGGUUCUUGAGCAGGCUAGAGUGGAAAUCCCCCGGUUUACCUUCAGCAUCGUGCAGUUCUCUUUUGAACCCUUUCCACCCAACCUCACUGAGGAGAUGAGCAAAAGAAUGAGGAUCAAGUGGAUGGAGAUGUCAACUGUCUAUGCUGGGCCAUUUAGCAAAACUUGUAACCUUAGAGCUCUGAAGAGGCUGUUUAAGAGUUUUGGUCCAGUCCGGUCAGUGACUCUUAUUCUUGAAACCCAUCAGCCACAUCUCUGUAUACAAUACGAAAUCCUGGAAGGUGCCCAGCUGGCCAUAGAGUCUUUGGAUGGCAUCCUGGUAGAAGGUACCUGCAUCAAGGUGCAGAGGCCUGUGACAGAGCUCACCCUUGAUUGUGACAUCCUUGUGAAUGAGCUGGAACAAGAUUCUGAGAACCAAGGUACUAUAUACCUGUCUGGAGUGAGUGAAACCUUCAAGGAACACCUGUUGCAACAGUCCAGCCUCUUCCUGGGCCUGGAAGCUGUGAUCUUGCCUAAAGAUCUUAAAAAUGGAAAGCAGAAAAAAUACUGUUUCUUGAGAUUCAAAACUUUUGGUAGUGCCCAGAGGGCCCUUGGCAUUCUCACAGGCGAGAACUGGAAGCUGAAAGGCAGGCAUGCCCUAACGCCCAGGCACCUCCAUUCAUGGCUCAGGGGCUUACCUUCUGAAUCAAGGCCCCCAGGGCUUCAUGUCAUACCUCCCCCCUCGGAGCAGGAGACCUUGCAGGUGGUGAAGGUGGACCACCCAAAGAUAGCAGCCUGGCGCUGGGGCAGGAAGAUAGGAGAGCUCUACCACAGCCUGUGCCCAGGCACCCUCUGCCUCAUCCUGCUGCCAGGAACUGAGAGCACUCAUGGAUCGCUCUCUGGCCUAGGACUGAUGGGAAUAAAAGAUGAAGAGGAAAGCAACAGCCCAAACGAGUGUUUGUGAGUCUGCCCACCAUUUUCCAUGUGCCAUUUCUUAAUCCCUCGUGGGCAAUAGCAGAGAAUUUGGUCAGGCUGCAGGCACUCCAGAGGCUGCCAGACCUCUAUAUAGUAGACAGUCUGUGGAAACAUUGUACCAGCUUAAGGAGUCUAGUCCAUUUAUAUGAAAUGUACAAGUUUUCAAUAAAUGCCUAAAAUUCAGACAUUCCCCAUCUUAAGACAAGGUGAGGGGAGGAAACCAGUUUGUACUUUCUUUGUGUCAGUGGGUUUAUACACAGGUAUUACAGCAGGUGCUUAUUUCAUGUAGCGCUCCUAUUAAAUGGUAUACCAUAUAUAGGUAAGGAAACCAGGAGGAGUGACUUCUCUGUGGAGAAAACCCAGGUAUUACCUAGUUUGUCAAAGUGGUAACAUCUGUGAAGCAAAUUUCUGUAAGGCAAACUGUUUUCUAUUAAUGGCUUUUAUAACACUGAAGGAAAAAGAUAGGCUGACUGCAAAUCUGGCAGGUCCACCAGAGCAAAGUUGAAGACUGACUCUUGUAGCUUUUAACCAAUCCAGGAAGCCCCCUUUCAAUUCAAUUUUCAGGAAUGCUGCCUUCCUUUUGGAGUGAGACUGCAGUGUUACCCUUUACCAACAGGUGCCUCCAUCACACCAGAGCUCCCCCUUAGAAGCUUUAAUUUCAGUAAAAGCCUUUGCUUUUUUUUUUUUAAUCAACUCUCAAAUUGUCAACAUUCUGUGUUGGAAAGGACAUGGGCACAGGCACACACAGUUCCAAAACUGAUAGAGGUAUUAGCUGCCCUCCAGAAAAGAUGAAUUAAUCUGGCAUGUAGUAUGUAUCAUUACAAAAAGUCUUGUAAAUUUCUCUCUACACUGGGACCCUGCAAUUCCACUUCUAGAGUAAUAUCCUCAAAAACAUGUAUGGAGGAGAUGUCAUGGGGUUAUUCAGUGGAAUUCUAGGUAGCUAUUUUUAAAAAUUGUGUGUGCACGCACAUGUGUGUGUAAAUAAAAUCUCUAGUGAAAGAGAUCUGCAAGAAGCAGCAGUAGACCUCUGGAUCCAAACUGCUAGACUCUGAAUUCCAGCUUUCCUACUUUUUAAUUAGGUGAGCUUGAAUUACUGUAAAUUAUUUAACAUCUCUGUGCUUGGUACAUAAUAAUGGUAUACAUCUUAUAGGAUUGUUGUGAAGAUGAGAUUGUGCAUUUAUAGUAUAUUAUAGGUUGUAUAAAGCAUGGAGAGUUACAGGAUAAUCUGUAUAGUUUGAGUAGAAAAAAACUAUACAAAGAUAUGCACAGCCUUGGAACAAAACCUGGAAGGCUAUAUACCAAAAUAUGAACAGUAUUUGUCUCUGGCUGGUGGGAUUGGCAGAUCUGAUUUUACCAAAUGCUCUUCUGUAUAUAGGCCGUUUUUUUUUUUUUAAAUCAGCAUAUAUUGCUUUCAUAGUUAGAAAAAAAUAAUUAAAAUAACUCUCAAGGUUGGGCAUUUGAGGCAGUGUUUAAUCCUUUAAAUGCAACUUCUGUAAGAUCUGGAAGUUGGGAACCAGGAGCCAGAACUGAAGCUCUUGAUUUUGGAUGAAGUUUCCCUGUAAAGAGCGAAGUUCCCCAGGUAUACUGCUGACAUCAGCUGCAAGGCCUUGAGAACAUCUUGAAACAAUGUUGGCUGGAUUCUUUCCCCCUGCAGCUGAGCUCCAAAGCUGUGGGAGUUUAGCUGCUGUUUACCUCUUGAGACUCCAGUCCUGAGACACAAAAUAAGUGUCUGUCUAGGUUGGCACUUCAGCUGUGCUCCUGGGCCAGUCACUUAACCUUGUUUGAGUCCAUUUCUGCAGCUGUAUAAAAUGAGGAUGUAUCUACUUUUAAGGAUUAUUAUGAAUAUUUAAAGAUUCAGUUUGUGGAAAAUGACCAAAUAGUGGGAUAUGUAUGAAUUAUUUGCCCUCUCUGAGCCUGUUUCCUCAUUUUGUUUUUUAUUUUUUUAAUUUUGGCCAUGCCACUCAGCUUGCCAGUUCCCCAACCAGGGCUUGAACCCCGGCUACAGCAGUGAAAGCAUGGAAUCCUAACCACUAGACCACCAGGGAGCUCCCUUCAGUUUCCUCAUUUUAAAGAUGGCAACAUUAGUACCUACUUCAUAAGGUUGUUGUGAGAAUUAAAUUUGGGAAAGCCUACAUUUUAUUGAGGAUCAUCUUCCAACUGCACAUUCACAGAGCAGAUGAAGGUUCCCUGUGCCAAGAGCACUCCCUUUGCUCCUAGGAACAGCCAAGGCCAUUCCUUUUCCUGGGUGGGUGGGGGUGGAAGUUUCCCCACAGGCCCCCAACUCUAGAACUCUACAGAGAUAGGCCUGGACCAUAAGGUCUCUGAGGCCCCGGUCUGCACACACUGUUCUUUCAGCUGAUGCUCCCACCUUUUGGAAGGCAAAGCUGCCAACUUGGCCUCUUGCAAAACACACAUUCCAUUCAUAAGUGCGUUUGUGCAUUUUUCCUCCCACACCCUUCUAGGCAGCCAAUGCAGAGCUGCCAAGGCAGCUGCAGGAGCAGCUUCUCAUUUGGGGGGGAAAGGCAACUUGAAGGGUUUUCACAAAACACUUGGCUUAGGCUUUGAACGUAUUACUCCCCAACUUUCUGGCCUCCUCACCCAUAGUGGGGUUGUUUAGUAGGACACUCAGCCGUGUCAUUUUCAUUGCCUUUUGUCCCCCUUUUUGUAAAUUCUCUUCCCUAUUAUAAAGGAAAUCCAUUAAUGGAAACUUGAAAAAUCUAGAAAAGUUAAAACCAUAUCUAAUCCCACCACUCAGUCAAUGACUGCCCCUGUUUUACAAUCUUCUAUCAUACUUUUUCCAUUAUUCAAAAGCAGUUUUUAAUAGCUGCAUAAUAUUCCAACAUGUUGAUGCAUGCCAUAAUUUCUAAAACAGUCCCCUACGGUUGGCACUAAGUUGUUCCCAAAUGAUGCUGCCAAUCAUAUCCUUGCACAUACAUCUUUGGCAGAUAAUUAUUUCUUGAGGAAAAAUUCCUAGAAGUGAAAUUACUGGGCUUUUUAAAAAAGUAUGAACACUGAAGGAUUUUUUAAUUCCAGGAAAGUUUUUACCUUGUGUUUGCUAGCAUCGAUUUGUUUCAAAUCUUUGUUAAUUUGACAGAUUAAAAAAGUUUUUCAUUAUAGGUUUAAUUUCUGUUUAUUUGAAUACCCUUUAGAUUGUCAUCUGCUAUUUUUUCCAGAAGGUUUUGGCCAAUUGUUUUUCUUUAGAGAGUUGUCCGUAUCCUUUGCUCAUGUUUCUGUUGUCUUUUCCAUAAUGAAUUUUCCAUUCUGAAUUUUUAAGGUCUCUUUACACAUUAAGUAUAGUGUCCAUUUGUCAAUUAUUGCAAAAAUGUUUCUAGUUUUUUAAGGUAGUAAGUAUUAGAA